GGGGGCGGGGGCUGCUGUCUCCUGAGGGGGGGGGUCCCGGUCCCGCGGCCUCCCACGUCCCCCUUCACUUCCCAAAAGGCUCAGAGCGGGGUGAGGCGAGUCCUGUUGCAGGGUUAGGGCCGCCGCAGCCCCCCCGCCGAGGCUUCGGGUGGGGUGCGAGGCCCGGAGGGGGGGGGGUGCCUGGUGGCCCCACUGCCGCCAUAACCCUCGAGGAGCAAGUGGGGGGGGAGGUCUGGCGGCAAUGAGAAACGAGGACGGCGGCACUGCACUCGAUGGUGGUGAUGCGCUUGCAUCUUGCUUUGUUCUCCCCUGAUCAAAACCAUGCGGAUGGGUUUAUUCCAGUAACUUUCAGUUGUAUUGAGGUUUGGACAGACCUUUGACAGGAUGUUGGGAUUUCUGAAGAAGCCAGUUGUGGUUACUGCAGAGAUAAACACGAACCUCGUGGCAUUGACUGUAAUGGGAUUAAUAAGCCGUCUUUGGGGGCUUUCCUAUCCACGGGCUGUAGUUUUUGAUGAAGUUUAUUACGGCCAAUUUGUUUCACUCUACAUGAAGAGGAUCUUCUUCGUGGAUGACAGCGGCCCACCUUUUGGCCAUAUGCUGCUAGCUUUGGGAGGUUACUUAGGAGGAUUUGAUGGAAACUUCUUAUGGAACAGGAUUGGAGCUGAAUAUAGCAUGAACGUUCCCGUCUGGUCCUUGCGACUCCUGCCAGCACUGGCUGGUGCUCUCUGUGUGCCUUUAGCAUACCAGAUUUUGGUAGAACUGCAGUUCUCCCACUGUGCUGCACUUGGAGCUGCUCUUCUCAUUCUCUUAGAGAACUCUUUGAUCACUCAGUCAAGGUUCAUGCUCCUGGAAUCAAUAUUGAUUUUUUUUAUCCUACUUGCAGUUUUGUCCUACCUGAAGUUCUACAGUUUGCAAAGACACAGUUCCUUCUCUGGGAGCUGGUGGUUUUGGCUUCUGUUGACUGGAGUAGCUUGCUCUUGUGCAAUUGGAGUGAAAUAUAUGGGCCUGUUUACCUAUGUGCUGCUCUUGGCCAUCACAGGACUCCACUUCUGGCACAUGAUAGGAGACCAGAACUUGUCCAAUGUUUCUUUGAUGUGCCAUUUUCUGGCUAGGGGUCUGGCUCUCAUCAUCAUCCCAAUGGCAAUGUACCUGUCCUUCUUCUAUGUUCACUUGACUUUGCUGUAUCGCUCUGGGCCUCAUGAUCAGAUUAUGACAAGUGCUUUCCAAGCCAGCUUAGAGGGUGGGCUGGCUCGAAUCACUCAGGGUCAGCCCUUAGAGGUGGCCUACGGCUCUCAGAUUACUCUGCGCAACGUGUUGGGCAAGCCCAUGCAGUGUUGGCUCCAUUCUCACACGAAUACUUAUCCCAUCAGGUAUGAGAAUGGCCGAGGUAGUUCCCAUCAACAGCAGGUGACCUGCUAUCCCUUCAAGGAUGUGAACAACUGGUGGAUUGUCAAAGAUCCUGGAAUGCAGCAGCUGGUGGUGAGUAACCCACCCCGUCCUGUCAGGCACGGGCACAUCGUGCAGCUGGUCCAUGGCAUCACAACUCGGUACCUCAACACGCAUGAUGUUGCUGCUCCUCUUAGCCCCCACUCCCAAGAAGUUUCCUGCUAUAUUGAUUAUAACAUCUCCAUGCCAGUACAGAACCUCUGGAGAGUGGAAAUUGUAAAUCGGGAGUCUGACACAGAUGUGUGGAAGACAAUUAUGUCAGAAGUGAGAUUUGUUCAUGUGAACACCUCUGCAGUGCUAAAGCUCAGUGGAGCAUCUUUACCCGAGUGGGGGUACCGGCAGCUGGAGGUGGUUGGAGAGAAGCUGUCCAAAGGCUACCACCAGAGCAUGGUGUGGAAUGUGGAAGAGCACAGAUACGGGAAAAGCCAAGAGCAAAAAGAGAGGGAAGUGGAACUCCACUCUCCCACACAGAUGGACAUAAGUAAAAACCUCAGCUUCAUGGCAAAGUUCACGGAACUGCAGUGGAAAAUACUCACAUUAAAAAAUGAAGACACAGAACAUAAGUACAGCUCCUCUGCUCUUGACUGGAUCACAAUGGACACAAAUAUUGCCUACUGGCUCCACCCGACCUCUGGUGCCCAGAUCCACCUCCUUGGGAAUGUUGUCACCUGGACUUCAGCUAACGUUGCUGCUCUUGUCUACAUGUGUCUGUCCCUGUGGUACUUGAUACGACGAAGACGAAAGAUUUACGACAUUCCUGAAGGUACCAUCUCCUCCAUGUGGCCGGGUGCUUUUAUGCUGACGUUUCUGGCAAGAUUUUGUUGUCAUGCUGUGAAGCUGCUUCAUGUUGGCACUGAUCAGUCUCGAUACAUGGCAGCUGUGGGUAUCAGCCGGGGGGAUCUGUGUGGGAGGCUGGGCUGUGAAUUACCUGCCCUUCUUCCUGAUGGAGAAAACACUUUUCCUGUACCACUACCUGCCAGCCCUCACAUUCCAGAUUCUCCUGAUUCCCAUCGUCUUACAGCAUCUCAGCGAUCAUCUCUGCAGAUCUCUGCUGCUCAAGAGCAUGUUCAGUGCAUUGAUCGUAGCCUGGUUCUCUUCCGUUUACUUUGUCUACUGCACAUUCAGCCCUGUGACCUACGGGCAGCCCUCCCUGUCUGUUACUGAACUGAAGGACUUGCGCUGGAGGGACAGCUGGAACAUCCUUAUCCGAAAACACUAACAACUACAACCUUGUUACAGGCAAAGGGAAACACCUUUUAUGCAAAGCCAAGAAUUUAUUGUUAGUAUAAUUGGAAUCUUAACAGUCUGAUCAGAUAACUGAUAGUAGUCCAGAUCUAAUUAUUACACAAAAAGAAAAUAAAGUAAUAUUGUUACAGAAAA